AUGAUGAAUCCGGCCGCGGCAGGCGACGGAGGAGGCGACGCGGCGGCCUGGACUGCGACCGAGAGUUACGGCGACGAGGAGGAGGUAACGACGACGACGGGCGCGAAGCCGUGCCUCGUCUGGGUCUUCCGCGUCAUCAACAUGAUUCUGUGCGUCAUGAUGGCGGCGACGGGCGCGAUCGGUAUCAAAGAAAUGCGCUACGAGUUCCUGGGCGACCUCGUGCCGCUCUACAUCAUCGCGCUGGCCGCGCUCUGGUUUUGUUACGAGGUCAACACCAUCCGACCGUGCCCGCCGAUCACGGGGCUCUACAAGCGGAACUUCGGCUUCUUCUACAACGCGCUCGGCAAGGCCCUCUUCAUCAUAUUCAUGGGCCUCCUCUGUUUUGGUGUGGAAGCCGGUUCGCUAGGCAUCAUCACGGGCCUCGCCGUAGCGAUUGACGGCGCGCUGCUCAUACUCCUGUUCCUGAAAUAUCCCCACAUGUAUCCCAAGGACUAAA